GUGGUGGGGAGCCCGCGUUUGCUUUUCCUGCGCUUCGCCCAGGGCAGGGACUCAUUUCAGGCAUUGCCUUCUUCUGGAAACAGUGCCUGCUGCCUGCCUGACCCACUUCCCCGUGGGACGGAGCGGUCCUCCUCCUGACCCCUACCUUCUGUCUCUGAUGUCAUCAUACUACUACAUCACUGCACGGACCUUAUUUAAUGGAAACUGUACCUACCAGAAACUCCUUCAAGGCAGGGACUAUGACUUGUAGAGAUGGCUCGCAGGGUCAUAAACAAAAAAAGGCACCUGGGACUUCAGCAACUUUCAGCCUUUGCAGACACAGGAAGGACUUUCCUAGGCCCAGUGAAAUCAUCCAAGUUUAUUAUAGACGAAGAGAGUCAUGAGAGUGUGGUAGUCAGUUCAACAGUCAGGCUUCUUGAAAGUCUGGAUUUGUCCAGUGCAGUGGGGCAGCUUCUCGGCGAGGCAGUUCAAGCUCAACACAGCGCGUACAGAACGGGGGCCAGCACUCUUCUGUUUCUCGUCGGUGCCUGGAGCCGUGCCGUUGAGGAAUGUCUUCACCUGGGCGUCCCCGUGUCUGUGAUCGUGUCGGGAAUGUCAGAAGGCUUGGACUCGUGCAUUGAAGAGGUCGCUUCCCUGCACGUACCUCUCCACGAUGUAUUUGACCGUAUCGACGGCACACAGGUAUUUUCUGAACUUGAAUCGUUGAAUGCCAGUUUGUGUCCCUUUCUACAAGUUCCUUCAGAUACUGGUUCGAUACCGAAAGAGCGUGAUCUCCAAGAUGCUGCCUCUCAGGCACUGACCACUUCCAGUCUUUCUGGGAGACCUGUUAAAUCCGCUAAACCUUCUGGACCUCAGGCUACGGUGGAUGCAGAUAAAAACACGUCGCAAACCCCUCGAACUCUGAGAAACAGUCUGCUUGCGGACAGCUGCUGCAGACAGUCCGUCGUGACCCACAGUAGGCAUUGCAGUCGGGAGGCUCGCGCUGAGCGGACAAGCAAACAUGGUGCAGCUGCCCCCCAGCCUUGCAGAUGUAGUGAUCUGGGAGAGCUGGCGGUGGGCCUGAGCCACGGAGAUCACGGCAGCAUGAGGCUGGUGGAAGGAGCGGUGCGGCUGCAGCACCAGAGCACACGCGUGUGCCAGGGCAGCCGGACGGUGCCGUUCACGUUCGACAUUUCAAGAGUCUUCACGCGCUGUUUACCAGGUUUACCUGAAACCUUUUCUUGCGUGUGUUCAGGAUAUGUCACUGUUGUAUCCAUGUUCAGUGCGGCCGUGCUCGAGGACUUACAGAAUCAGCCUCUCCGGGUCGUUCUCAUUGAGGGUGACCUCACAGAGCGUUACCGCCACCUGGGGUUUAACAAGCCUGCCAAUGUUCAGACAGUGUUGGGAAGCAUGAGGAAGCUUCAUCAAGACAGCUCGGAAGAACUGUGGGCAAACAGUGUACUACAGGUAUUAAUCAAGUUCAACGUGAACCUUGUCCUGGUACAGGGAGCCGUAUCCGAACACAUAAUUGGGAAAUGCGUGCACGCUAAGCGGUUGGCGAUUGGGUCGGUGAGUGGCAGAGUGAUGCAGGCUUUCGCAGAGGCCUCGGGAGCCGUGCAGGUGUCCUACAUCACACAAGUGAGGGAAGACUCUGUGGGCAGCGGGGUCUCCAUGACCUCCUGGAGAAGCAGGCCCUUGGAUGUUGGAGAUGGGAUCAGCAGAAUGGCGAUUUUGUUGAAAACAGAAGGGAUUAAUUUGGUUACAGUAGUGCUCACUGGCCCAGUCACUGCACAGAUGCAAACCAAAGAAGAUAGGUUCUGGACUUGUGCCUAUCGUCUGCAUUAUGCUCUGAAAGAGCAAAAGGUCUUCCUUGGAGGAGGUGCAGUUGAGUUUUUGUGUCUCAGCCAUCUUCAGAUUCUCAGGGAGCAACCUCCGAAGAAAGGAGACCGAAUCCGUUCAGGGGGCCUUCAUAAUACUUCCUCGGGGCUGGCCUCACCUCUGGCACUGUACAGACCUACUGUGCUUAAAUGCUUGGCCGACGGAUGGCACAAAUACCUUUCAACGGUCGCUUGUAACACUGCCAAUCACUCCUCAGAAUUUGAAGCCAGGACUUUCAUUCAGCAUCAUCUGCAAAAUGCCAUAGACUCAGGCUCACCUUCAUCUUACAUCUUGAAUGAAUACAGUAAACUAAACCGUGGAGUCUUUAAUUCAGGCAUUUCAAAUAAACUGGAACAGAUUCCAGGAGUUUAUGACCUUGUUACACCGAAGAUCGAGGCGUGGCGCCGAGCUCUGGGUCUGGUGCUGCUGGUGCUUCAGACAGACAGUGAAAUCAUUGCUGGACCUGGGCGCACACAGAUAAAAUCACAGGAGUCAGAGGGCUUUUUGUUUUUGUAGUGUUAUUGGCUAAGUCUUUGGGAAAUAAUCUUUUUAAAAAUAUAUUGUUGAAAUUAUUACAUAUGUCCCGCUUCCCUCACCCCCCAAUAACUCCCCUCCACCUGGUUUCCGCCGCGCUCCUGGCUCUUGCCACCCUAUUGUCUGUGUCCAUAGGUAAUGCAUACAUGCUCCCUUCUAGCAUCUAUAAUUGCUCUCUUCUAGCUCCCCACACCUGCUGACUAUGGUAAUUGUCAGUCUGUUCCAUUUCCAUGCCCCUGAUUCUAUUACAUUCACCAGUUUAUUCUGUUCAUCAGAUUUUUUAUGUGUUUGAUUUUUAGAUUCAGUUGUUUAUAGAGAUGUAUUUGUUUCCACUUCGUUGUUCAUAUUUUUUAUCUUUAUCUUUUUCUUCUGGGCAGCUGCCAGCUGAGGCUUGCCUGUGCCUCGGGCCAGCCCUGGGCGGCUGGGGGGCUGAGAGGACCAGGGGACUGGAGGCAGGCGUGCAGAGUGGCCGGACUUGCCUGGAGGCAGGCCCAGCUGUGCCAUGCACCUGCCACCCUGGCGGGGCUAAGGGGAGUGGGCAUCGCCAUCUUUUGAGGGUGUGACAACCAAUUAGCAUAUUCCCUCCUUAUUGGCUAUGGGUGCUGCCAUCUUGUGAGGAAGUGACAUUCAAUUAGCAUAUUACAUAUUUAUUAGCUACGAUAUAGUAAAAUCAAUUAUUCAAGUCCAUUUGAGUUUAUUAUAACAGUUGGAUAUAUAACCACCUCUGAAGUUAUUUUUUUCUUCUAGAAUUGCUUUAAGUCAAAAUUUUUUAAUGCACUAACUGACUCUAGGAAUACAUUAGGUUAUCUUCAAAAGUUUUUUAGUGUGGGGCAUUCUAAAAAAUACCUGAUCAACACUGCUUAAAACUGUCAAGGUUAUGAAGAAAUCAAGUCUGAGAAACAGUCACAGCCAAGAGGAGCAUAGGGAGACGUGAUGACUACAAUAAAAGUGGUAGGAUCAUGGAACAGAAAAAAGACAUUAGGGAAAAACUGAAGAAAUCUGAGUAAAAUAUGUACUCUAGUGAGUUACUAUGUAUCAAUAUUGGCUUAUUAAUUAUAUUGUACCAUACUAAUAGAAGAUGCUAAUGGAAACUAGGUGCAGUAUAUGGGGAUGCUCUGAGUCAUUUUUACAACUUUUCUGUACAUCGAAGCUAUCCUAAAAUUAAAUUUUUAUUUUAAAAUUAGUAUGUUCAGUCAACUAUCACAUUAUUUAAUGUACUGAACUAAUGCACUAAAUAAUUGAACUUAGUUUACUGUUGGUGUCCAAGUGAUAAGGUGAAAAAUUACCAGGUCAUGUGUGUAGUCAUACAAUAGACUAAUGAUGGAAGAUAGCCUUCAGUAAAGAGAGCAGUCCAUUAUUAAGAGCUGAGGACGUACAGAAUACUAUAACAAGCAUGAUCCCUGCCCCAGGAGCAACCCACAGGAAUACUUGCCAACAGCGCAACGCCAACUCCAGCUUCUAACAAAAUGUCCUUCUCCAUGUGCAAAGCUGUUCCUGUUAUACUGCAAUAGUAGUGAAGUCUAUUUCAGACUAUUCUGAGGUUGCAUUUUCUGAAUUUUUUCCCUUUUCUAUUUUGUUUGCCACUUCUCUUGGCAGUUGCAUUUUUUAAUUUUUCCAGUGUAUUUAACUGGUGACGUGAAGAAGACGCUUUGUACACUGUCUGCUGUGAGUGAAAGGCAAAUUGGGAAUUGCUCAGUCUGUUGGCAACAUUGAGACUGGUUUAAUGUCUAAAAAAAGGAGACCUGUUUCCUGUGCUAACCUCAGAGCAGGAGGUGGAAAAGGCUACUUCCCAGAAGGUUUCCACUCUGGACUAACAUCAAAUUGAGAGAAAUGAGGCAAAUGUAAUAUAUCUCCCCCCUCAUCACUCCAAUUAAAUAUCCAUUACAAUAGUUUUUAUUAAUGUAUUUAAAAUGUUUUAAAUUAGCACUGGUUAGUUUGGUUCAGUGGAUAGAGCAUUAGCCUGUGGACUGAUGGUUUCUGGGUUCAAUUCUGGUCAAGGGCACAUGCU